AUGCUUACUACAAUCCUUAUUAUACUCGUUAUUUUGUACUUUGCCAGAAAUAUUUACAAUGAGUUCAUUAAUAACCCAAGCAAUCCACUAGAUGCAUCCACAGAAAAAGAGUCAACUGUAGUAGAAGGCAAAUUCACCCCUAAAUCACUUACAAAAUAUAAUGGUAAAGAUUCACCCAAAAUCUUCAUUGCUGUUAAAAAUAGAGUCUUUGAUGUAACUCAAGGUGGAGCAUUUUAUGGACCAGGUGGGCCAUACGAGAAUUUUGCUGGGAGAGAUGCAAGUAGGGGAUUAGCUAAAAAUUCAUUCGAUCCGGAUGUGUUAACAGACAUUAACGAACCAAUUGACAAGUUGACAGAUUUAACUGCUGUAGAAAAAGAGUCCUUGGAUGGUUGGGAAGAACAUUUUGAAAACAGGUACAAGGUUGUUGGUACUUUCCAUGAGAAUGGUACAGUUGAAGAGAAAUCGUAA